AUGCAUCAGCAUCCCCGGUCGCCGGCGGUGCCAUCACCGACGCCAAACGUAUCUUCCCGGCCGACGUCGGCUCGUGCAGAUGACCUCAGAGACCAGGAACCCACCACGCCCAGCUCCCCAACGGCGGACAUACGCACCAACCUCACAAAGGGCUUAGGGAUCGAAGCGGGCUCUGAGUCUGCGGACCAGGUCCAGAGGAAUGCCGCACCGGGAAAGGAGGCCAUGGCUAAGUUGAACCAGAUCAUUUCGAAUUAUCAUACAAAAGCGGCCUUGAUCAUUUUACACUCCCGAGUUGAACUUCCUCCCUCUUUCACCAAGGGGUCCGACACGCCGAGGGUAAAUCGCUGGUUCAACGUUGAAGUAGACGAUACCGACGUCCUUCGAGAGCCGCUCCGGACGUGGAGAACCUGCGAUGCCUCCGACAACCGCCCACCGCCCCUCAUCAUCGAAACCUUCUUGGAUACAAGGGGCCUCACCAACAACCAGAGUCUGGUUAUUCUGGACGAAAAUGGGAAACGGUGGGACGUGCAAGAGUCGCUCGCCGCUGCUCGAGGCUCUCCUGCCCCCAACCCAUACCACUCGGACUCCGAUGAUAUCAUUUUGGAGCGGUGGACGAUCGCUUUGGGAGAGUCAUCUAGUAGACCCCCGGCCGAUUUGGGCUCCAUCUUGCCGACUGUGUAUAAGAAAAGCAUUGUCCUUUUCCGUUCUUUAUUCACCUACUCGAAGUUCUUGCCCGCUUGGAAGUUCUCUAAGCGCAACACCAAGUUCCAAAGAAGUCCCGCUCUCCGGAUCAAAUAUCGAGUGCUAGACGGGCGUGCCUCCCACAGUGAUUCAUCCCGAGACAACCUCAUGGCGCCGCUGUACGAAGGAGAUGGAAAAGUUGUCGAUACCUACAGUUUUGGGAUCACCGAUUCCCCCGCAGGCCCUUUCUCGAUCCAAGUCACCUAUCGUACUAACUGCGAUUUCCGCGUUGACGAUUCGGAGGCUCUCCUGAGCUCGCGAUUUAUGGGUGCCGAUGACGAGAUCUUCCGUCCCUCUUUGCCCUCAGAAGAAGCCCCUCGACCCUUAUCGGAAGCUGGGUCCGUGCCAGUGGAGAGAAGGACAGUGGAAAAUCCUGAUCGUACGCGAGCAUAUGGCAGCCUGUCGACAUUCCAUCAAGUCGGCCCAACGACUGGUGCAAGCCCUAUCUCGGCACUCCGAGCGAUUAGAGAUGGCGGCGCCGGCUCUUCGUCCCAAUCGGAUUCGUCACCGAAGAAACCCUUCCCCGCGGCCAAGGUCAGUUCAGCAUCACGCCCUAGCCACCAGCCGGCAGAAGGUGGCCAAAGUUUUCCACGGCGCCCGUCGGUGUCCUUCCAACCAUUCAAGGCCCCUGCCCUCUCUGCAUCUCCAGCCCUGGUCGAACCAUCCUCGGCGCCGUCGCCCCGUCCCGGAUCAGCCCGUGUACCGACAGGGACUUCUGCAGAUUUCAAGACUAUGCCGCCACCUUCGGUGGCAGCCUCUGCUCGUCGGUCUGCAGCUGUGGCGUCAGAGCACGCCAUAUCAUCUUCAAACUCGGCAUCUCCGAAACCUGCGCCAAUAUCCAGGUAUAGCAGCUCGUUCACCCAUCGACGGGGCCGGCCCUCAUCUGGCGGGACCAACAAGAUCGAAGACGACAAUUCCAGCGGCAAAGCCAGCGCGACCUCGUCCAGCGCCCAGCCUGGCUCGGGGCUCCUUGCGGAGGGCACUGGUACGAGUGGUGAAUCUAUUCACGCAGAUGACGAGAACAUCUCCGAGUUCUUGAAGAUGCUUGAUUUGAGAAAGGAUCUAAUGAAUCCGUCCAACUCCACGUCACUCGAAUCUGGACCCCGCAAACCCACUGCGGCCUCGGCUGCCCUUACUCGCUUCCAGCGCAUGCGUGAUUCAAAUGCUGCUCUUUCCGAGUCAAUGUCAUCGUCGAUGCAUCUCCGCCGCUCCUCAAAUGCCUCUAGCAAGCAGUUGUCUGGUGUGCCGCCGAUGGUCGCUGGCACGUCUGUCUCUACAGCCUCGUCGCCCGGGAAGCCAAUUUCUCCGCAUACUCCACACACUCCUGCCAUCCGGUCUCGUCUGAGCUCCAACAGCGUCGCUGAUGAUAUUGAACCGGAGCACGAUCGUCAGAGAAUACCGCGCAUUGAGCAUGACUCACCUCUUGAGGAGAAUCCAGAUGAGACAAUACAUCGUGAUUCGUCCACAGCAGGCGCUAUCGAUAUUCCAACUUCCCCACGUAUAUUUGCUCCUGCUUAUCGACGAUCAAGCUCAGCGGCCCAGCGUCGACGACCACCCGUCGUGAGUGAUGACGAUGAGAUAUUCCCAUUUGGGAUGCGUAGCGUCAGUCUGGGGGCGGAGGAGAGGUCGCAUAUGAGCCUCGGCGCGCUCCAGCAGCAAAACCAGCAACAAUACUUGAGCCCAGAUGCCAACGCGUAUCAGACACAGCAAGAACGGCAAUCCUCAGCAGAAGACCCCCACGCUCCAUCUGAAUCCGCAACGGGUCCGUACCGUGAAUCUGAGUCGCUCCGUGGUCAAACAUCAUCGGGACAAAUGGCAGCUUCAUCUUCCUCCAAUCCGAACCUCUAUCAGCCUCGGUUCUCCAGCUCCCGCGGUCGAGGGUUCUCGGGUGGUCCUCACUCGCUGAGCUCUGCGUCCAGCAGUCUCCGCGGAGCCACCAUCCCCUCCCACCUGGUGGAACGUGAUGCAGAUCGCGACGGCAAUGUCAGCGGCAGUACGAGUGGAAACUCCACCGUCGAAGUCCGCCGAGGCUCAGGCCAACGGUCCAGUGGCGGCCGUACCCACCCAUCACAAGCGCCUUUCGAGGAAGACGAACCGUUAUUAUUCGCUAUGAGUGAUUUCGGUGCAUCUCGACGCAGCUUAGAGGAGGGCCGGCAUGGAAACCAUGGCGGUGCCGACUCUAGCGGUGGAUCGAGGCGUGGCAGUGGCAGGCGCGGAGCUGGGCUACCGGGCUUUCAUGUCUGGUCAUAA